AACUUUCCCGUUGUGACAUUGAACGCGUCACGGCGGCGGUCCGACGUCAUUCCCUGGAAAGAUCUUGAGAGCGAGCUGCGAUUACACCGGCGCGGUUCGGCUAGCGGCGCCACCGCCGCCGCCACAUGAACGACUCGACCCCGGCUGACGACGUCCGCGCAGUACCGAGCCCAUGACUCGGGGUCCGGACGCUAAACCAGAUGAUCCAGUUAGCAUCCCGGCGAGACACACCGCGUUCAGUUAGCAUCAGAGCGGAGGUGAGCCAUGGUUGACCCCAACGCCAACGCCCACGCCCAUGCGCCGCGGCCCCAGAGGAAGAUGUCCACGGCGGGGGAGAGCGUCUACCAGGUGUUAGGACUGGAGAAAGGGGCCUCGGCUGAGGACAUCAAGAAAGCCUACAGGAAGUUGGCGCUGAAGUACCACCCGGACAAGAACCCGGACAACCCGGAGGCGGCGGAGAAGUUCAAGGAGAUCAACAAUGCCAACUCCAUCCUCAACGAUGACACAAAGAGGAAGAUCUACGACCAGUACGGCUCCAUGGGCCUCUACGUGUCCGAGCAGUUUGGAGAGGAGAGCGUCAAGUACUACUUCCUCAUGUCCAAGUGGUGGUUCCAGGCUCUGGUGCUGUGCUGCACGCUGUUCAGCUGCUGCUGUUGCUGCUGCUGCUGCUGCCUCUGCUGCGGCAAGUGCAAGCCACCCGACGAGGACGACAGCUACCAGUACGUGGACCCCGAGGACCUGGAGGAGCAGAUCAAGGCGGAGCAGGACAGCGGCAACGCGGUAAUCAUAGGCCAGCCCUCGUCUAGCGGGGGCGCCCAGACCCCAGACGGCAAAGGUGUACCCAUCCCGCUCCCCGUGCCGCCCCCACCGGCACCGGAGUCCCUGUCCCAGGCGUCGCCAUCGUCCCUACCAGCGACGACAGAGCGGCAAGAGGAGGAGAAGCCCCGGGAGAGCUUGCCCGAGUCGAAAUGACUCGCCGGUGACACUGGAUGUCAUGCAUCAACAAGAGCAAGAAGGAAGCCACUUUCCUUCUCAUGCAGCCAGUACCGGGCCACCACCUCGAUCCUGACAUGCAGGAAAAGUUUCUUCUUCUUCUUCUUCUUCUUCUGUGGACUUCUGCGUCCUUCUUCCACCAUCUCAUCUCCACGCGGUGCUUCAUCCCAGGAAUGAGCCGGAAAUGACGCGACACUGUUCGGAGAGGAACCGAAGCGGACCUCUUUUGCUAAGCAGGGACUGAUGGGAAGUCUGACGCCGUUGGCUUGUUUUUUUUUUUUUUUUUUUUUUCCCAUCAGGAUGCAUGCACUCCUGUUCCUUAGAGAUGUGCAAAAUCUUUUUUUUUUUUGUCAUCCUGUGCCACGUACUGCAACAAAAGAAUCAACCAGCAAAUUGACUGAACCACUAAAAUGGACCGCGAUGGACGGAAGAAAAUGAACGCAACGUCUCCUCCCAGGAGCUCCAUGUAGCAGUCAUGCGAUCAGCUCUGUGCUAGCAGGUUGCCAAUAUUAUUAUCACAGCAGCGCGCCAAUCAUUUCACACAUAGAAAUCAUUGAAAGCUGCAGGCAGUGAUGAACGGGCCCUCGCACGCCCUUUUUUCAUGGAGAACCCUCGAAAUGAUCAAAGUUUGACACUCACAUUUAUUAGAUGGGGUUGGCAAAAAAAGAAAAGAAAAAAAAAAAAAGCAGCUUGGUAAUUUAGAGUCACCCAUCGGUCUUGGGUAUUAACUUCUGGUUGGGGCUCAUUUUGGCGAAUUCCCUUUUGGGAAUUCGCCUGAAAUGGCUACUUCAAACCAAAAUGGACGACUUGUUGUUCAGGUUCGGCCAUGGGUGCUUGAGACUUAUUCAUGCGUACUGUUAUGAUAGACGUGUCCUUCCCGAAAAGUGAUAAAUUCAUCAGAAUAAUAAAAGCGAUUCCAGUAGGACCUAAUAAUUCGCAUGUUUUCAAUGGCUUAGGUUACGUAGUUCAUCUAUCCUGGAAAGGCGAUUUCAUACAUUUCAUGUUUACAUACAGAAAGAAGUGUUAUGUUGAGUUUCUAAUCAGAUGAAUCCAUCUGCUCCAUAAAGAAAUUGUCUUUCUUCACAUCGUGAUAGUGACGCUACAUUUUGGUAAAUUCCCCAAGCGUGCUGUGCCUUUAACAAGACGUGCAGCAGACACUUGAGGAAAAGUCUUUUUUACCAUUUCAGAAGUGACGAGCUUGACAAUAAUUUGAGACAAACAUAUAAUUGGAAUGACCAUAAUCUGAACUGAUCUGAUAAUAUCCAUAUGACUGUCCCAUUUUAAUGGAAAGGGUUUAACAUCACUAUGCAAAAUAAUCAUGAAUUUCUAAUCAAACCAGCAUUUUUCAAUUGAGCCAUUUGAUCAUGAUGGAAAAAGGAAGGAAAAGAAAUGAUUCCAACAUUUGAGAUCAUUAGUGUGAGUUAAGUGAAAUGUUUUCAACAUUUUUUUUUUGUCAUGAUGUCUCUGUGCUGUUAAAGAGCACAUUAUAAAGUUUGCUGGUAAAACUGUCUAAAUAUACCUAAUUUCAAAAACAAAAAAAAUGUGAAUGUGUACCUCACAUAGCCAAGUCAUUUUACGACAUCAGCAAAACACUUUAAAGAUGACAGUUUUAUUUUUGUGGAUGUUGUAAAUAAGUCAUGAAACCACAGAUUUGCUGAUGACACAUUUUUAUCCAUGUGUGUUUUGAGUGUAAAUAUUUUUUUCUUAAUUUAUGUGUAAAAAGAUUUAAAUUUGCCACGCAGCUGUAUGCUAACCAGUUAGCAUGUUUAGGGUUAGCCUGGAGCUAUUGUUCAUGUUGCUUCAUAAUAAACCAGUUUGACAAUCUGUCUUUAAUAAUUAAAAAAACAAGUAUACAUUUCUUUGAGAUGAAAAAAUAAGCUGACCUGAUCAAAACUGACCAUAUGUGUUUGUGCUCUGCAAUUCGGACCAAAUAAAAAAAGAUAUUUUUUAAUUUC